UUCGUUUCUGGUUCUGGGAAAGGUCCUUGCUCUGCUUGGAUAGUGAUUGCUCUUUGCUGCUCAAGAGGGGGGAAAGGGAAGUGGUUGUUUUCUGUGGCCUUAGACAUGAGAUUCUGCCAGCGAAGGACAGCAGGGACGUUAGGGUUUCCAAGGCAAUAGAGCUCCUCUCGAAGGUAAAGGCGAACCAUUUGCAGUCUUUACACUCUGCAAAGUUUUAACGCCUGCUGGCUGCAUCCUUUCUCCGGCUCGGCUACACUUGUUGGGGUGUUGAUGUCUACAGUGAUGUACAUUCAAAGAAGCCCUCUCGUGCAAGCAUCUGGGCCAUUCAGGUUGGUCUUUGAAUAAAGGAGAAUUCUAUCCAGGAGAGAGCUUCAAUUCAUAGAGAAAAUUAAAGGAAGAAAUCAUAAGCAACAGAUGAACAAGGCAUUUGUGUCCUGAAGAAGCCAUAGACACAACUGUGGAGCGAGAGCAGGGCGGACCCCCAGGAGAAACUGGACUUGGUGUGAUAUAUUUGUCCCAAAAGGCUUCAAGAGGAAGAGAGAGGAGACUUUCCUGAGAAUGAAAGAGUGUAGUGUGAAAAUGGAGAGCAGAGUUUCUGAGAUUCAGAUAGAAACUAAGGAGGAGAAGGUGCCAGUAGCUGUUAGUCCUCAGGAAGAGAGGCAGGAGGGAAAAACAGGCACACUUUGCUUCAAGAGAAGGAAGAAAGCGAACAGGAUGAAGCCUAAAGCUGGUUCCAAGACUGCCGAGGUCACAAAGAAGCGUCCCCCUGAAGCCGGGGACUCUGCUCAGCCACAGCCAGCGGGGGCCUGGGCCUCCAUCAAACGCCUCGUGACACACAGGAAAAGGUCAGAGUCUUCGAAGAAGCAGAAGCCAUCAGAGGCUGACGUGCAGCCUGAGGACGUGGCUCUUCCUAAGAAAAAGGCAAAAUCCAGACUUAGGAUUCCUUGCAUAAGAUUCUCAAGGGGGGCAAAGAGACGUCAUCACUCUAAACUCACAGAAGACUCAGACUACAACAGCAGAGUCCAGGGAGGGGCUGAUGAUUUGGAGACAAAAACCCAGACCCAGUCAGCUGACCAGGCGAUCCCGGCUAAGUCCACACAGGGCCGACAGGAAGGUGUGUUGGUGGAAGAUGGUAAGGAGGUCCAAGAAUCAUGUGUGAGCAACAGUGUCACAUCUAGAGAGAACGUGGUUUCCGUGGACCUGGAAUUAGAAAAUGAGUCUUCGGCUGUUCAGAUGGGCACUCCGGUGCUGGAAAAGCAAAGCGUGCAAACGCAGCAAGCAAGUCCACUUGAGAGUUCGGAAGCAGGCAGCCCUCGUCCCGUGGCCUCUGACGCCCCUGCCUCACCAGCAACCGCGUAUCAACGCAGUGUGGAAGAACCCAGUGGCGGCAUCCAAGAAAGUGUUCCAAGGGGGAAAGAUGACGGAAUUAGACGGAGUGCAGCCCAAGAGAAGAAAUCAGGAGAAAUUACGCUGGGUCCAGCAGAAGAGACUACAGUGAUCCAGGCAGAGGAGGCUGCUGUCAGCCAGACAGACAAGAGUGCAGUGGCCCAGGCCGAAGGAGGUAAACCGAGUCAGGCAGAGGAGGCUGCUGUCAGCCAGACAGACAAGAGUGCAGUGGCCCAGGCCGAAGGAGGUAAACCGAGUCAGGCAGAGGAGGCUGCUGUCAGCCAAAGAGACAAGAGUGCAGUGGCCCAGGCCGAAGGAGGUAAACCGAGUCAGGCAGAGGAGGCUGCUGUCAGCCAGAGAGACAAGAGUGCAGUGGCCCAGGCCGAAGGAGGUAAACCGAGUCAGGCAGAGGAAACUGUCAGCCAGACAGACAAGAGUGCAGUGGCCCAGGCCGAAGAAAGUAAACUGAGUCAGGCACAGGAAACUGUCAGACAGACCGAAAAGAGUGCAGUGGCCCAGGCAGUGGAAGCUACUGUGGCCCAGGCAGUGGAAGCCGCAGUGACCCAGGAAGAGGAAGCUGCAGUGACCCAGGCAGACAAAACUGCAGUGACCCAGGAAGAGGAAGCCGCAGUGGCUCGGAAAGAGGAAGCCGCAGUGUCCAGGGCAGAUGAAGCCGCAGUGGCCCGGGAAGAGGAAGCCGCAGUGGCCCGGGAAGAGGAAAUCGCAGUGGCCCGGGAAGAGGAAGCCGCAGUGGCCCAGGAAGAGGAAGCCGCAGUGUCCAGGGCAGAUGAAGCCGCAGUGGCCCGGGAAGAGGAAAUCGCAGUGGCCCAGGUACCAGAUCUGAAAGAAAAUGGAACUGAUACAGAGAAACCCAGAUCAGAAGAAAGCAAAAGAAUGGAGCCAAUUGCUAUUAUCAUUACAGACACUGAAAUCAGUGAAUUUGAUGCUAAGAAAUCUAAAAAUGUCCCUAAGCAAUUCCUAAUUUCAAUGGAAAAUGAGCAAGUAGGGGUUUUUGCUAAUGAUAGUGAUUUCGAAGGGAGAACUUCAGAACAAUAUGAAACACUCUUAAUAGAAACAGCCUCUUCUCUCGUCAAGAAUGCUAUCCAGUUGUCUGUAGAGCAGCUGGUUAAUGAAAUGGUUUCCGAGGAUAAUAAAAUAAAUACUCUGUUACAGUGACUUCAUUUCCAGAUCGCGGGAAAGGAAAAAAAAAAACUUAAAGAUGAAUUAUUUUAUACAUCUGUGGCGCUUCUUUCUCAGUAAUCAAUUAGAGGCUUAUUGUCUGUGGAAUUUAAAGGUACAAUUCCAGCCCGGAAGUGCUAAAGAAUAAAUGAAGUUUACGAAACUUGUUGAAACAGUCACUUCUGGACUGGAAGGAGUCAGCACACAUCACAGGGCGCCGUGACGUACAGGAAGGUGCAGAGAUGACAGGCGACGAGCUCAGUGCUCUGAGGAAGACUGUUUACUGAGCAUGCGGCAUGCUGUAUGCUCCUUGCUGUUCCCUAGUAUCACGAAGUCUGGGCUUUUUCUGAUGGUUCAACCCUGUGUCUAGGCGAACGCUUUUCUUUACAGUAUAUUUUCCUGUUGUUUCUAAUGGUGAAUCAGGUGAGUGGGUUUCUAGCCCCGCACAGGUUCCUUACAAAAGCCAUUCACAGGUUCCUUCAGCACAGGUUCCUUCGGCCAGGCAGGCAGUUGUCAAGGGUGUAAGCGUGGAAACGGGGAGUGCGUUUCCUUCCCUCCCUGUCUUCCUUCCGCCCAGCAGACCUGUAUAGACCCAUCUCCGUGUGGACCUAUCUGCUGAGACGUGAGAAACAAACAAAGGGAAUAGUAGUUUUCAUCCAGAAGGCAAACUUCCCAGAUAACAGAGAAUUCCCUUAGCAGGAAAACCAUAAUAUUCUUGUGAAAAUACUUCUUGGCCAAACAUGAACUAUGUAUACAACUGAAUAAAAAAAAAUCAAAAUUCAUGCUGAUGCAUAGAUUUUCAACACCGGUGUUUUUUUUUUUUUUUUUUUCAUUGUGUCUAGCCAUGGUACUGUAACACCGUUCCCAGCCCCACGGGUCAGGGUUCCUAUUGUACAGCACUCCCCACCCCGCUAUCUAACCAAGUGAUGAUGUUACUACUUGUUACUGCUGAGGCAGGACAGCUGGUAGGAUGGCUGUUGAAGAGCGCCCUCUGGAGGACGAGCACCAAUGAUGUUCAUCCGCUCUGCAUUUACAGUGUUUAUGGACUGCGUAUGUAUACAUUGCUUUUCCCUCUGCUUUCAUUUUGAAAAUACAUAUUGUGAUCUCUUACAGAAGUAACUAACGUGGUUUUGGAAUUUAACCAAAUGGUGGAUGUUUAGCAAGAUUCUUGGCUGGAAUGUGAAAAUAUUUUCUUCAGGCUUGCCUGUCUUCAUGUUUUCAAUGGGUGAUGUGGGGCAUCAUUCACUUUAGCAAGAUAAAAACACCCCCCCCAAUACAUUUCUUUUAAUUGUGUACCUACCUUUUUAGACAUAAAACCAAAAUCACUGCUAAAUCAUCUUUGAGAGAAUACUUUAACCCACAGUGUAUGGUGCUAAUAGGCUUGUAUAGCUACCAGAAAAUAUGUUUAAAAUGAACCGUUUUAAAUGCCUGAUUAAGGUUGAAGCACUUUGCAGUAUUUUAAAUAACCUUGUAUCUAUUUACUGUAAGAAUGUUUCCAAGCCAAUAUACUUACAUUAACGUUUCUAAUAAUAUCUUAUGAAUGAGAGAGAGCUGUAAAAUACACAGCAUUUAGCAAUUAUCAAGGGUAUUUUGGAUUUGGGGAUUUUGAAAAACAGACACAAAGUAAAUAUGUGAUUUUGGGGGUAAGAAAGUAGCCCCAAGUUUCAAGUUUUGGAGUGUGUGUGUGUGUGUGUGUGUGUGUGUGUGUGUGUGUGUGUGUAUUCCCUAUACUGCUGUUUGAUAAAUACACCUUUGGUUAGAAUGCAUUAAGAUUGAUUGUUUUUAUAAGAAAAUAUAUUCUCCUUCAUUCUUCAUUGGUUUCUCUGGCUUUUCUAAGGACUUAAAUAAAGAGAAUUUCCAUCUGGAAAUAGAAUACAGAAAUUUAUCAGUGGGUUGCAAUCUGAUAUAUCUGCUAUAUGGCCAAAUUAUAGAGAAAUUUAGGGUGAUCCAAACAAUUCUGUUGUUAUAAAAAUAAGCAGGAAUCAGAGAGAUGGCUUGGAAGUCUACCAUAAAAUAUUUAAUAAUGAUAGGAUAUAUUUCAAGCAGUUUGACCUAUGAAAGAUUCUGAUUCAAUUUACACUCUUUUGGUCUUAAACUGACCAGUUUAAAGGCAUCGAUUUAGGCAUCAUUAACCACUCACUUUAAUUUUAAUUGAAAUCUGCCUUUAAUGAACACUUGUCAGCUACGAACAAAUUUCUUUUUGAACUCAGAAUUUUCGAAGGCUGAGGGGUCUAUCAGAUACUCGAUAAUUUUUCAAUAUAUUAUCUUCACCCUCUUAAGAGUCAAGUAUUAUUCACUCACUCCACGUCUUAUAACACAGAGGAUAUAAGUACUUGCUGUGAUUAUGUGUGUGUGUGUGUGUGUGUGUGUGUGUGUGUGUGUGUGUGUGUGUGUGGUGUGUCACUAUUCACUUAACAUUUUUUCACAGCACUUUUUAGGAUAUUAAAAAUAGUACCUGGUAACAUUUAAGUAAAGGUAGCAGAAAACAAAAGAACUUCCAGCAGAAAUCAUGCUCCCUGCCACCCCCUCCACCUCCAGGAAUGAGAAGCAUGUGGCUCAAUCAGAGCUCCUCACAGAAGCUGUCUGCAUGAUGUUCCUCCCAGGCAGUGGGUUUGACAGCAUGGAGCUGGUGAUGAUCUUAAUCAGUCUACUAUUUAGUGGGUCUUCGUUUCUGAGAGACAAUGUCAGGCUCUUCGCUGUGUGGCCUGUGAGAAGGCCCUGGGCCAGCCUUGCCUAGACUCAGAGCCCAGAGUUUGUGUCAUCUGCAAAUGUCUAACUUCAAUUCGCCUUAUUUUUUAUCGUUGAGAAUUUUUUAGGGGGUCGUGGCAGGAUUUUUAAAAUGAUUCUUAGACUUUAGAGCCCUGUUGUUUGAAAAGAUCUUUAUAUUGGCUUUACUGAGUAAGCAUUCUACUUUCUAGCUUAAUACUAACCACGCCAGGAUCUGACUUUUCUGCCUGCCCUUUUUGGAUUUUUUUUUUUUAAUAUCUUCAUGUAAGUUGUAGAGCUUCUUUAGGUUCAAAUUCCUGUCUUACUGUGUAAUAAGGUUUCUUAUAGAUCACUGAAAUUUUCAAUCCAUACUGCAUUUUAUUGCACAUUUUUUAAAAGAAUUUUUUGUAAUGAUCCUUGAGACAAAAAUUUAUUAGAAUGAAUCUGCAUAAAGUAUAAAUGCCCCGAUUAAGUUAGAUCCAACAGAGAUUAGGCUUAAUGCCCGUCAAUACCCUGAUAAUAGGACCUCCCACAGCUCAUCCUGGGCAGGGUGUGUGUGUGUGUGUGUGUACAUGUGUGCAUGAGUGUGUACAUGUGUACACGUGCGUGCAUGUGUGUGUGCGUGAGUCUGUGUGUGUGUGUGUGUGUGUGUGUGUGUGUGUGUGUGUGUAGGGGGGAAGGACGUAGCAACAGAAACCAGGACGUAGGGAAAGACAGAGCCACAGACAAUGCAGAAAGAGAAAUGCCCAACAGGGAAGUAGAAAGAGUGAUUUUGUCUGGAAUGGGGGAGCUGGGACCUGAAUAUGGCGGUCUGGACACAGUGUGUUCAUUCUGAUUUGUGACCAGGUGCAGAAAAAAAAAAAGGCCUGUAAAAUGCCACACAUGUCAGUUCUUGGCCUGGAGAAAUGUUAAAUGGAUGAGCCGUUAUAAAAGUAAGAGUACCACUUUGUAUCCUCCUUAACGUUAGUGUUACUGUGGAUCAGAGACUCAUAUUAAAGAAAUAAUACUCUGUAGAGAAAAAGUUUUCAAGCUGAAUUAAUACAUGUACUGACUAAUACAGAAUAAAUGUUAUAUUAGCUUA